AUGAACAGCUUGGCCGACGCAGCGAUUCAAGCUUCGGCGGUUGCAGCGGAAGCUUCAGCUGCAACAGCUGCUGUUUCUGCUGCAUCUGUUCCAGGUGAUCCCACCCAAGUUCCUUUAUCUACACCAGACUCUGCAUCCCGUCCAGAAGAUCCGUCCAGCGUACUUGGCCGCUCCUCUUCCACCCAUCCUCCCAUCCCCUCGCUUAGAGAAGCUGAUGAAUCCACCUCUCCAGCCUCCAAUCCAGAAACAAGCAUAGACAUGUUGAACAAGAACAGCGCAGAUACCCCUCUUCGUCGUGCUUUGCUCGACACCGAAAAACCCGAAAAGCGCGGCUCUAACUUGGCUUGCCUCAAGUGUCGCGCCAUCAAGGUCAAAUGUUCCCGCGCCAACGCCGAGGAUGAGCGAUGCAAACGCUGCAACCGUCUCGACCUCGUCUGCGAGUUUAAAGAGCAUCACAGAGGCAGGAAGCCUAAAAAGAGACCCCGAAGCGAAGCCGACAGCACGGGUGCCGACGAGGAGGAUCAGCUCGAAGACGACGAAGUCGACGCGGCUUCCUUGUCGACCAAAGCCAACACCACUUCUCCCAUUCGUAUCAAAGCGCGAGAGCUCUCUCGAUCACCUCCACCACCUACGCCUCCAAAGAAUCACCAGCAACACCAACAAUAUCACACGACAUCGCACAAGAAGGGAGAGCACGGUCGCUUCAACGCCAACGAGCCACCUUCGCCCAAACUUCCCAGUCCCAAAGGAUCCGUCCAUGGAAGAUGGUUCGGUCCCUAUCUGCAGCCGAUUCCGUCAUUUGAGGACUCUUUGUUCUCUCGCAAGUCACAGUCUCUUUCGCACUCGAACUCAGCGCAGCAUCAUCAUCCGCACCAACAGUACAGCCACCAGCCUCAGCAGGGUCAGCAGCAUCAGCACUCCUACCACCACGAUCGCAGCCGUGAAUUGCCGCCGCUAUCGAUACAACCCUCGUCAUCUUCUAAUCGCAACGGCCUCAGUCCUCAUGAUCAGUGCGCUUGGGACCGCACAUCGGCGUGGAACUCGACGCAAAGCAGCCUGCAUCGUGCGCAGCAAACCCCCUCCGCGGCACCCCCUGCCAUGGCUUCCGACUUGCGUGACGACGCCGUGCGUCAACACGUCGUCACCAUGGACCAGGCCCACGAGUUGUUCAACUACUAUUUCACCGAGCUCAACCCUCCUCUUGCGCUACUAGAUGCUUCGCUACACACCGUCGAGCACGUUCGUCAGAGCCUGCCCAUCCUUUUUUCCACCAUCAUCUCGGUGGCUUCGCGCUUCUUCCUGCCCCAGCACCAUCGUCAGUGUCAUCGCAUCGCCAAGUCCAUUCUCAACAUGGCGGCUGCAGAAGAGAUUUGCUCUAUGGACCAUAUCCAAGCGCUCAUCCUCGUGAUUACCUGGAAAGAUCCCGGAGAUCGAACUAUCCUACGCAAAGCUGUUCGUGCCAUCGGAUACGCUUACGAGCUCGGUCUACAUGCCGCCUUUGACGAUUUCCCGACAGCCGACUCUUCCAGCUCAACCACGCGCGCUCGGUCCGACAGCUACUCGCAACGGCUCAAAAGACGUCAGGAUCGCGAUCGUCAGCGUACAUGGAUCGUGCUCUGCCUCAUCCACGAGCUCGUUCGUCGAGAUGACCGCAACACCAAGCCGCGCGCACGUAUCAUCCCGCCCGAGGAUUAUCCCGAUCCCAACACGUGGAUCAAGCAAAGCGGCGACGUGCUGCUGCCCGUCGACUCGCGACUGGCAUGGUCGCUCGACAUGUCGCUCCUGACGCUCGAGAACGAACCUUUCCUCGACCACAUCAACCGAUCCGAAGAUGCGACGCCGUUUGAAUCGUUCUUCGACCGCUAUCGUACUCGGCUAGACAUGCUGCGCAAGCGCUACUUUGAUGUUCGCGACGGCGUCUUCCAUCCCCGCUUGCCCAUGGACAAGUCGGCUGUUGCUGAAUUGCCUUACCUCGAUGCGUUUCGCGACUUUUACAUCUGCCAGUCAACAUGGCACUGGGCAGCCAAAGUGGCUUCGAAUCGACGAUCGAGACGGAGCGAGCUGGCCGAGCAGCAGGACAAUGCUCGAUCUGCGUUCUGGUUCGCACAGACGGUGGACACGGCGAUGCGAUGCAUGCGUUUGUUUGCUAAGGAUCUGUGCGAGCCAGGCUAUGUGCGUGUUGGUCAUGACUACCUCGUCAUCUCGGCGAGCGAGGUGACCAAAUGGUUUUACCUUUAUCGCGAGCAUCUCGAUGCAUCCACCAUCACGACGGGUGUCGAGUGUCUGCGCGCGACGCUGCGUGAAUGCUCUCAGCCGCAGCGACUGGCGUCGGGCGAGGUGGUGGACACGGAACGAGAAGCGCCUGGCUACUUUGUGCGUUUUCUCGGCGCCAUCUUUGAGGCCGGCCUCGACCAGAGCUUUGAAAGGGCGAAAAAGCGGCUGGCCGUCGAUGUGGAGCGGUACCGGUUCAAGCCGAGUCACUGGAACGAAGUGGGUCGCGGACGUGCGCAUUCGAGCAGUGCAGCCGACGAACACGCGGCUGUGAGGAGGGAGAUGGAAGCAGGUCCCAACGCGCAUGCUUCAGCACGUCGGCCACCGUGGGUAGGCGCGCACUCUUCGUAUCAGCAGAAGCAGCAGCAAGAGCAGCAACAGCCGGGCGGAGGAGUAGCAGCCGCAGCAGCAGCACCAUUGGCAGAGCGUGGUUCGGGACUUGAUCGCACACCACACACAAGCGCAAUGGCACCGGCCGGAGGCAGCCCGCCUUUCCGCGAUGUAGCAUCUGCGACUGCGCGGUAUUCGACAGCACCGUCGCUGCCUCGGGGCCGAUCCGAAAUGGGGCCGAGCCGAGUUACAACACACGCUGCUCCUGGUGGUGGCGGAGGAGCCACUUCAUACGAGCGUGCAAGUGGUGGCGGCAUUGUAGAAAAGUCGCAAACGUUGCCGGUGGUGUUUGGCACACAGCCAGAUGUCAGCCUGUCUACGGCGAACUUGAACACAGGCAACUCUAUGGCGCCACAUCCAGCCUACCUGACCUCGCCUGGUGCGGGCGCAGCGGGUCAGGCGCUGCCUUCCGGCUUCGCGGUGCAGGGCGGAGGUACGUCUUGGCCGCCUGCAAGCACCAUCGCUUCUUCGUGGAGCAACAACAGUAACAGCAACAGUAAUAAUCACAGCAGCGCUAUGGUCAUAGGAGGCGGAGGCGGAGGCGGCGGCGGCAUCAUCAUCAGCAACAAUCAGCUGGGUGGUCUUGCUGCCACUGCGACGGCCGGCGCUGAUUUCAGUAUGCCCGUCGGCGGAUUCGGCGGCCCCAGCGGUCUCACUAGCCAAACGAAGACGGACGCCAGCAAUUCCGCCGCCACCGUAGUCCCGCUCGCCGCCGAUAUGGGCAAGAACUCGAUUGAGGGCUUGGCAGCUUGUCUCGACACGCGCGAUCUGACGUACUGGCACGGCAUUCUGGGGUUUGAUCUAACCACACCCGCUGUGUAG